GGCAGUACUCCUCGUCCUCGCCGAAACUAGAGAGAGGCGCCUCUCCUCUGCGUCCUCGCUAGCUGCCUGCCUCGGAAGGAUGGGAGGAGGCUCCUCGCCGCGGCCCUUGGCCUCCGGCUGUGCUUCCUUGCCCGGAGGAGGAUAGCCAGCAUCAGGGCCAGAGGACUGGAUGGAUACUGAAGCUGCCUGUGGACCCUGGAGUGAUGGUUGGCUAUGACCCAGAUUCCCAGUGUGCAUCCCUUUCAACAGGAGAAAUAGCAGCAGCUGGAUCUGCAUCUGGAUUGGUUACUCGGGCAAUGAUCAGCCCCUUUGAUGUCCUAAAGAUCCGUUUUCAGCUUCAGAUAGAACAACUGUCACCCAAAAACCCACAGGCUAAGUAUCAUGGUAUUUGGCAGGCUUUUUGGAUGAUUCUUCAAGAGGAGAGCCCAAGAGCUUUCUGGAAGGGACAUGUCCCUGCUCAGCUCCUCUCAAUUACCUAUGGGGCUGUCCAGUUCGUAAGCUUUGAACUUCUGACAAAAUUGAUGUACCAUGCCACAUCUUAUGAUGCCCGUGCCUUCUCUGUGCACUUUGUCUGUGGUGGGAUAUCUGCUUGUGCUGCCACUGUGACAGUGCAGCCUCUGGACACGUUGCGCACUCGCCUUGCUGCCCAAGGGGAGCCAAAGCUUUACAGGAAUGUCCGCCAUGCUGUAAAAAGCAUGUACCAGGGAGAAGGGCUGCGGUCUUUCUAUAGGGGGCUCACUCCUACCACCAUCGCUGUUAUCCCUUAUGCUGGUUUCCAGUUUUCUUUCUAUAAUCUCUUGAAAAAGCUGUAUGACUGGAUUUUUCCAAAUGAAGAAAUGAAAAAAGGAAAUGUUAAAAACUUUGUGUGUGGCAGCUGUGCUGGAGUCCUCAGCAAAACCCUCACUUAUCCUUUUGACCUGUUCAAGAAACGACUCCAAGUGGGUGGCUUUGAACAAGCUCGAGCAUCAUUUGGGCAGGUGCGGACAUACACUGGUUUACUGGAUUGUGUCCAACAGGUUGCACGGGAUGAGGGUGCUGGGGGAUUCUUCAAGGGCCUUUCCCCAAGCUUGCUGAAAGCUGCUUUGUCGACAGGCUUCACCUUCUUCUGGUAUGAGCUGUUCUGCAGUCUCCUGGCUACUCUGAAGGAUUCAGGUGCCUCAAAGAAGCAGAAAGGCUGAUGUCUGCAAGAGCUGCUGCCUGCAGUACUUCUUGCUGAAAUGUUUUUAGCAGCCUUUCCACUGUAUUGUGAGUGAGUGUGGAGGGUUUGGCAGAGCUGGUUUUGUCUUUUUGCCAAAGCCCCAGGUGCAUAUUACUAAUCUGUUUGCUGCAAACAGAAGGAACUGGCCCCAUGUACUGUUGGUCAAGGGCAUUGUGGACCUCUCCUUCCUGCUGCUAGCUGCUGCACCAAGCAUUUCCUCUACUGUCUCCUGUGGCACCAGCCUUCAUUCCUGGAAAAUUAUACAAAUAUCACCACUGAGCAACCUCUUAUGCAGCAAAGUUUGCUCAAAUAAUGAAGAGAAUUCUUAUCCUGUUUGCAAAACCCGUUCCUCUAAUUCCCACCCUCUCAUUAUUGAGGCUAUUCUAGCUUUCCACUACUGACAUAGUGACCUACCCUCCACCUCUCCUGAGACAGUAUCUUACUCCAGUUGGCUCCUGCACUUGACUUAGUUCCUGGCCAAGUUUCUCCAGCACUGACAAUGACUAUAAGCCAGAGGUGCACAGUUCAUGCUAGGGGUACUCUGAUAAUAAUUUGGAGGGGAUGCCUUCCUGUUAGCCACCCACAGUGGUGCUUUUGGUACAGUGAAAGUAUAGUAUCCUAAACUGGACGGUGUGGGUUUUUGUUCCUUACUUUUCUUGUCUUAAAGCUUAUCAUGAUACCACGAUGUUUCAUCAGUGAUGGACCCCACUGUGUAAAAAAAAAAAAACAACACACAAAAUGAAUAGCAUGCUGCCAAAGGAAGACAAGCCUCCAGAGCUGUCUUCAGGUAUAUCCAGCUAUGAUUUUUGAGAGUGAUUCUGCAUCCACUGCCCAUUUGUGUUCUGUAUCAGCAGUUCUACUGUUGUAUUUUACAUGCGCAUCCAGAUACACUCAUGUCUCCAUGUUUCCAUGUGUCUCUUUAAACAAUACUUGAAUGCUUCCUUUAUUAUAAACUCACCCCUCUCUGGGAUAAAAUUUAUCCCAGAACCAAGUUUCUUGUGCAGGCAAAACAAAAUACUUUUUGGAGCAAACAAAUCAGGAACUAACAUUUUGCAGACAGAGAAGCUAAUCUGGUCCAUUUGUCUUGUUGAACUUGGCUAUUAAUAUGUAUGAAGAAACAGGGACAUAAAAUCAGCCUAGAAACAUGGCAGUCAACUCCUAUUGGAGGCUUACAGUAUGUCCAAGCUCUGCAAGAGAGUGGAAGAUUGGUGCUAAGAAUCCAUGGGCUGAUUUAGAGCAUUUGGCCUCUAUAGGUUUUGUAUAGAUGCUAUGUUCUUUCUAUUUUAAUUUUUUAUUUUUAUUAAACAUGGAAAGACAUACAGAUACAGAUACAUGUGGAUGGUAUGUUCUAAUAAAUUGGAUGUGCCUGUGCUUAUGAAGUUUUACUUGCUAUUAAAAAGAGAAGCAAUUGUCUUAUUUCAGUCUAUUCCACUCCCUCCACUGCCUGGCCAUUAAGUCAUGGAUCUUAUAAUUAAUAUUGUGCCUUAUAUUAGCAACAUAUCUAGAUACACUUUACUCAGCAGCACCUUAAAUUCUAGGUCUCUAUUAGACAUCAUAGCUAGAGUCUUAGGCAUCUGUACCUUUGGAAACUACUCAAAUAUGCAUAAUGCAUCCAGUGACACUUAAUCCCCAGUAGUUGAAGUAUACCUCUAGGAUUGUGCAAUGCAGGAACAAGAGAGAGAAGUUUCAGGGUAAAUGACUGAGCAGCUUUUGUUUUUCAGCUCUCAUUGUUUUAUUAGAGCCUAAUCCAUUAUGGCAUUUGCAUUUUCCAUAUGACAAGUUAUUUUGCAAGGGCAGGGCUUCUAAGGAUAUGGACCAGCCUAUAUGGAACAAGUUUUAUCUUUAAAUAAAUAAAUGUAUUCAACGUGAAUCUAUCCUGUGAUUACAUUACUGUUGCUGUGUGCCUUCAAGUCAUUUCUGACUAUGGCUACCCUAAGGUGAAUCUAUCAUGAGGUUUUCUGGAGCUGAGAGAAUGCAGCUUGCCUGAGAUAAUUCAGUGGAUUCUAAACAUCCUGAUUUCCCUGUGUGUGGCGACAUCCCCUAUCAUUCGCUUGCUCGCUUAUGUGAAGAUCUGUAAUGUAUGUAUGGGGGGGGAUUGGGGGAGGGAAUGCAAGUGAGCAAGCAAAUGAUGUGAGGGAGAGGGGAUGUGUGUGCUGCAUUCACUGACAAAAACAAAGAUGAUACAACGAGGGGGAGAGUAAAAACAAAAAGGAAUGUGAUACUCAAGCAGGGGGGGAGGAAGAUUGAAUGGGUAGCCUGAUCUAGCCCCUUGCCACUCUGGACAUAUUAUAGAAUAAAAGAUAAAUAAAAUACAGUUUUAUUUUUUAUUUCUCCA